AUCCUUUCAGUUAUCACUUUAUAUAUAUACACAGAUUUGUGAUCUGCAAUCGCGGUUGUGAUAUCAAUGACAGAACCAGAAAGAUUAGGAGGAAUCUCUCUGAGUUUUCCUGCGAACGAAGAUGAUACCGCUAUGGCCUCAUCUCCAAAGACUCUUCCCCGGAGGCUCCGCCGCCGUCUUCUCGAGCCGAAAAGCCCCGUCUCCGCCGAGGAGAUCGAUUCCAAACUCAGAGAUGCUGAUCUCCGUCGUCAGCAUUACUAUGAAUCACUGUCGACCAAGGCACGGCCUAAGACGAGAAGCCCGAGAUCGGCACCUAUAGAGGAACUUAGUCAAAGACUCGAAUCAAAGCUUAAUGCUGCUGAACAAAAGAGGUUGAGCAUUCUGGAGAAAGAUUUAGCUCGUUUAGCGAAGCUAGAUGAAGCAAGACAAGCUGCAAAGAACGGACUUGUGCAAAGAGUUGAGAAGCAGCGCGAUGAGUUGGAGAUAAAGGUUGAAGAAAGGGUUCAAAAAGCUGAGAAUAAUAGGAUGCUUCUGUUUAAAGCCAUGGCGCAAAGGAGAGCGGCAAAGAGACAGCGUGCUGCGCAGAGCUUGAUGCAGAGAGCAAUUCAGGAGAAUAGGUACAAGGAAAGUGUGCGUGCGGCUAUUUAUCAGAAAAGGGCAGCUGCAGAGAGUAAACGGAUGGGGAUUCUUGAAGCGGAGAGGAGGAGAGCCAACACGAGGUUGAGACAGGUUUUUGGAGCUGCUAGUUCUGUGCAGAGUCAAAAGGAAGCUGAAAGAAGGAAAAUGAAGGAUCGUUUAGAAGAACGACUUCAAAGGGCCAAGAAGCUGAAAGCACAGUAUCUGAGGCGGAGGAGAGGCGUUGACAGUGCACGUCAGAGAUCAGAAACAAUGCGAAAGAAGCAAGAACAUCUCGUCAGGAUGUUAGAAAGAUGCUGGAAGAGAUUUGCAAAGCACAAUAAAUCUACUAUUGUCUUGGCUAGAGCCUAUCGUGAUCUGGGGAUUGAUGCAAAGUCGAUUGAGAUAGUGCCGUUUGAGCAGUUGGCCAUUCAGAUGAACUCUCUUACUGUAAUUCGAACAGUGAAAGAGCUGCUUGAUCGUUUGGAGAUCAGACUCACUCUAUCUCAGGGAUCUACUGUGAAGAAUAUUAAUCAUCUUCUUAAGCAUAUCUUUCCACCAGCUCGAAGAGGUAACUCGCCUAGUUCUGUGACUCCAAGCGAGCAAAGGUCACCUAAUUUCAAUAAGAUGGGACAUGAAAAACUCAAAAAGAUUGCAAGAUACCCAGCUAGAAUAUUUCUCUGUGCCUACAUGAUCAAACAACAUCCAGAUGCAAUUUUUAGAGGAAGAGGUGAAAAUGAAAUUGCGUUGGUGGAUUCUGCAGCCUCUCUUAUUCGAGAGUUUGAAUUGUUGGUGAAGAUUAUAUUGGAAGGACUGGGCGACAAUGUAUCUCUGUUAACUCCAGGUCCCAAAAAGUUCAGAUCUCAGUUAGAAGCAUUUGAUAAAACUUGGUGCUCUUACCUGAAAGGAUUUGUAGUUUGGAAGAUUAACGAUGCUAAGCUCUUAGAAAACGAGUUAGACAGUACUCAAAAGCCAGAGCUGUCUGAGGGGUCCAAACACAAUUUUCUAAAUCAUAAGCCGCUGAAGGUAUCGUCUCCAACUGGUCGGGCCAUACUGACUGGAACUGAAGGUGGUGGAGCAGGAGAAUUUAAAGAAUCUGCAGAUUCGCUUCGUCAAUCUUCAUCUUCUCCUGGAUCAUCAAGUUCUUCUCCGUAUUUGAACUCUGGAAUUGAGGUCAUUUCUCCUCCAAAUGUGACAGGCUUAGAUGCAACAUUGGCUAGUGAGAACGAAGUAAUCGUAAAUGAAAUUGUGCAUGAAAAUAGCAGUACUUUCGCUGAUAGCUUCGAUGCUGGCACUGCGGAUACAAGCAACCUUCAGGUGAAGGUUAAGGAGACAAUGGAAAAGGCGUUCUGGGAUGGCGUCAUGGAGUCCAUGAAACAGUCACAGCCAGAUUUCAGCUGGGUAAUUAAACUCAUGAACGAAGUUAGGGAUGAACUCUGUGAGAUAUCUCCCAAAGAUUGGAGUCAAGAGAUUGUUCAAAGUAUUGAUACAGAUGUGCUGUCACAGUUACUGGCUGCGGGAAAUGUCGACAUGGGUUAUCUUGGAAAUAUUCUAGAGUUCUCCCUUGGCAUUUUACUGAAACUCUCGGCUCCAGCUAACGAAGAGGAAAUCAGGAGUACGCACCAUAAAUUAAUGACAGAACUUGGAGAGAUAGUUCCAACUGAAGACCAGUCGAAUUCGUCCUAUGCAGUUUUAAUGGUCAAGGGACUACGCUUUGUUUUGCAGCAGAUCCAGAUUCUGAAGAAGGAAAUCAGCAAAUCUCGUUUGAAACUCUUGGAGCCACUUCUUAAGGGACCUGCUGGUCUGGAAUAUCUGAAGAAGGCAUUUUCUAGUCGGCAUGGUUCCCCAGACCGAGCUGCUUCCUCUCUGCCAUUGACAAAGCGUUGGCUUUUUAGUGUUCGUGGAGAGGCGGAGAAGGAGUGGGAUGAACAUAAAGAUGCCCUUUCUGCUGUCACAAAUAACAACCCUGGAUCAUCAGGCCUCCCUUCAACCACUAUGCGAACUGGGGGCAAUGCACCCUCUGUUUCAAAAGUCAAUCUCCCUUCGUCGGCAUUUCCAGGUAUUGAACUAUCAGAGUGCAAAGGAGAAACUGUGGAUCUUCUUGUUCGUCUUGGCCUCUUAAAAAUGGUGAGCGAAAUUGGUGGACUUACUUUAGAAACUAUCCCCGAAACAUUUCAACUCAACCUCACCAGGCUGAGAGCUAUUCAAUCCCAAAUCCAGAAAAUCAUUCUAGUCUCCAUCAGUGUGUUGAUCCUUCAGCAAACUCUUGCAAGCCCUAACUCAUCUGACGUGGAGACCAUUACAUGGACCUGUAUUAACCGACUCUACGAGAUGUUAGAUGCGAAACCUGAUGCUGGUCUUUCAGAAAUCAUGGAAACAUUCUCCGAGCUUCUUGAUUCUGACGAUACAGAGACAAAGAAACGGGUGAUUGCAAACAUGCUUGUGAAGAGCUUACAAGCAGGAGACCCAGUGUUCACACGUGUGUCACAGACCAUAUACCUAGCGACACGGGCUGCAGUCAUGGCGGGUAACAACACGAAGAAAAAGCAAUUGGUGGAAACAAUGCUACGAAGAAUCGGAACAGCUUCUCUCUCGGACAAGGUUAUAGAGGUUUCAGACAUUCUGGCUCUUGUGGCGAACGUUUCGCAUAGUGUUCAUGGAGUGUGGUACGAGGAAUUGCUGAAGAAACCGAAUUGAAAUCGAGAGAUUGUGAACCGGUUUGGUGUGUUUAUGGUUUGAUCCAUAUUUAAGUGUUUGUAGAUGAGAGUGAGAAUACUACGUUUGUAUUUAUUGAAUUCUAUUAACAUGUGGAACAUAAAUUAUAGCCUCUAUUUUUUUUUUUUGGGCAAAAUAGCCUCUAUAUUUUUAAAAUAACUAAGGUAGAUAGAUAUCU